AUGGAUGGGGAGCCUGGGCCAGCAGAACUGGCAUCCGAUGAGAGCCCGGGGGUAGCAGUGGAAGGGACAGAGCCCAGUGGAAAGAAUGCGCUGGCCCCUGGGGAGAAACAACUCGCCCAGAAUGUCAAGCCGUCGGUUCAUAACCUGAGCAGGACCCUGCACACCACGCUGACCACGGGCCGCCUGGGACUGGGGCUGAUCGUUGUCCAGAACGGACCCUACCUCCAGAUCACCCACCUCCUCAGCAAGGGCGCCGCCGCCAGGGACGGAAAGCUCAAGCCAGGUGAUGUUCUGAUUAGUGUUGGCGAGACCAAUGUGUUGGGAUAUACUCUUCGAGAAUUUUUUAGGCUUAUGCAACGUAUCACCAUAGGAACAAAGCUGCAGAUCAAGGUUUACCGAAACUUUAUCGAAAUUCCCCAAGAAUGGAAGGAAAUAUAUAAUUUAAUCCCUGAGACCAAAUUUCCAAGAACACGCACAAAAAAGACAAGAGCACAGGCAGAGGAUUCUUCGGCCAUUGGUCAUGACCAUGAAAAGAAAGUUUUAGAUAAAAAGCUGAAGCCUUCUCUAAGCCGCGUGUCAAGCGGGCAUUCAUCCGCAGGGAGAACCGUGUCUAUCUCCAGCGAAUGGCACGGCUACAGAAAGGACACCAAGACUAUCCGCGUCGGAGAGGACAUCAACUCUGACGUGAUGAUCCACAGAGCAGACAGGAAAGAAGUAAGGGCCCCUUCUCCGUACUGGACCAUGACGAAGCACACGCACGAGAGCACAUCUUCCUCGGCCUCCUCAACCUCAGACGCAUUCUGGAUGGAAGACUAUGCCCACAUGGAAAAGGGCAGGGGUCAUCUCGAACCCCACACAGAGAAGGGCAAGGGCCAUCCGGAACCCCACUCGGUAAAGGGCAAGGUUCAUUCUGAACCCCACUUGGAAAAGGGCAAGGACCAUUCUGAACCCCACUCGGUAAAGAGCAAGGGUCAUUCUGAACCCCACUCAGUAAAGGGCAAGGUUCAUUCUGAACUCCACUUGGAAAAGAGCACGGGUCAUUCUGAACCCCACUCAGUAAAGGGCAAGGUUCAUUCUGAACUCCACUUGGAAAAAAGCAAGGAUCAUUCUGAACCCCACUCGGUAAAGGGCAGGGUUCAUUCUGAACUCCACUUGGAAAAAAGCAAGGAUCAUUCUGAACCCCACUCGGUAAAGGGAAAGGUUCAUUCUGAACUCCACUUGGAAAAAAGCAAGGAUCAUUCUGAACCCCACUCGGUAAAGGGCAAGGUUCAUUCUGAACUCCACUUGGAAAAGAGCAAGGGUCAUUUUGAACCCCACUCAGUAAAGGGCAAGGUUCAUUCUGAACUCCACUUGGAAAAAAGCAAGGAUCAUUCUGAACCCCACUCGGUAAAGGGCAAGGUUCAUUCUGAACUCCACUUGGAAAAAAGCAAGGAUCAUUCUGAACCCCACUCGGUAAAGGGCAAGGUUCAUUCUGAACUCCACUUGGAAAAGAGCAAGGGUCAUUCUGAACCCCACUCAGUAAAGGGCAAGGUUCAUUCUGAACUCCAUUUGGAAAAAAGCAAGGAUCAUUCUGAACCCCACUCGGUAAAGGGAAAGGUUCAUUCUGAACUCCACUUGGAAAAAAGCAAGGAUCAUUCUGAACCCCACUUGGAAAAGGGCAAGGACCAUUCUGAACCCCACUCGGUAAAGAGCAAAGAUCAUUCUGAACCCCACUCGGUAAAGGGCAAGGUUCAUUCUGAACUCCACUUGGAAAAGAGCAAGGGUCAUUCUGAACCCCACUCUGUAAAGGGCAAGGUUCAUUCUGAACUCCACUUGGAAAAGAGCAAGGGUCAUUCUGAACCCCACUCGGAAAAGAGCAAGGGUCAUUCUGAACCCCACUCGGUAAAGGGCAAGGGUCAACCCGAACCCCACACGGAGAAGGGCAAGGGUCCACCUGAACCGAAAGUUCAUUAGUUUGCAGAUUUUGGAUUACAGGUGCUUUUGCAACCAGUUUUGAUUUCUGGGCACCGCACACCUGGGGCUGAUGUGCAGACCUUUCGGUUCUCUUUGGCUGCUCGACUGUGAAGCCCUCAGACACCUUCCCUGCAACCUCCAAAACCAUCCCUUUGGGACCUCACUGACCUUAUUCUCAAAACCAGCAAAAUCGUUUGGAUCAUGAAAACCCUCUGUUCUGUGAAGAAUGUCCAUCUUUUAGAGAAGGCAAUGGAUGUACCAUUAUGGUCCAAACCCAGAAUGUAUGAAUAUAGGUUUAUCUCUUGAGUACCCAUAACUCCCCCCAUGCCCCCAUUUAACUGCUUUUAAAGUAAAUAAGUCAUUAAGAUAGUAUAUACAGGGAACAGGAAAGGUCCAUGCCUUGCACACAACUGGCCUAGGUGUGACUCCUGGCACCCCAGUGGUCCCCCCCCAGCCUGCUAGGAGUAACCCCUAAAUGCAGACCCAGGAGCAAGCCCUCC